AUGGUUUCCUACUGCAGGCGGACAGCCGUCAGCGGUGAGAUGCAGGGGAGGAGUGUUCGACCGACUGCGCCGAUAGAGAUCUUUGCACAUGGCUCCAGCGGCAUCCAGACGCAUGGUGAGUCUGCGGGCUCCUCUAAACUCCUGGACAUGGCUGGUCUUUCCGGAUUAAAGAUGCUGGCACUGUUUUUCGGCUUGGUCUUCUUGGUCCAGUCAAAUGACAGUACAACCUCACCUCCAAGCACCAGUCCAUCUUCUCAUACAUCCAUGCAAGCCAGCACCGAUACCACCAAAGCAAAUGACAGUGUAGGCUCACCUCCAAGCAUCAGCUCACCUCCUCUUACAUCCACGCAAACCAACAUCAGUGCCACCAAAGCAAAUGACAGUACAACCUCACCUCCAAGCAUCAGCUCACCUCCUCUUACAUCCACGCAAACCAACAGCAUCAUUAUCACCAAAGCAAAUGACAGUGUAGGCUCACCUCCAAGCAUCAGCUCACCUCCUCUUACAUCCACGCAAACCAACAUCAGUGCCACCAAAGCAAAUGACAGUACAACCUCACCUCCAAGCAUCAGCUCACCUCCUCUUACAUCCACGCAAACCAACAGCAUCAUUAUCACCAAAGCCACCUCCUCAGUCACCUCACCUCCACCCACCAAUACAACCUCCUUUCUCCAGGGCUCAAGCUCCAGUGCUGAGAAAGCAUUCACUGACUUGGAUUGUCCUUCCACAGUCAACUCUACAUCAAGCGCCUCACCUACACCCUUCACUACAACUCCCUCUGCUGUGGCCAGCAAUGACAGUACUGCAGGACGGAAUGUCUCUGAUCAGUCUUCCAGCCCCUCAGCCACAGACUCCUCUAACCUUUCAAGCAUCACACCCACUCAGAAUCAAACCUCACCUCCACGCACUGCAGAAAACACCACUGCAACUACCACUGCCACAACCAUAGGCAACAGAACCCUGGAAGGUUAUGACUGA